AUGACAGACAAUGCAGUUAUCGCUACAGAGACACCUGCCCUCGUCGCACGUGACGAAGAGCACGUGAUUUCAACAACCGCUGAAGAGAUUACUAACAAUCUUAAUAAUGAUAUUAUUGAAAACCCUAUAGAACAAGAGGCAAAAAUUGAGGAGGCAACUACAGUUGAGGAGACUUCCAAAGUUGAAGAGACUACCAAAGUUGAAGAGGUGAAUAAUACAAUCGUCGAAGAGACAAAUAAUGCAGUUGUUGAAGAAGUUAAAAAUGAACCUAUAUUUCCACCAAUUGAAAAACCAACAAUUCCUGCACCAACACCACCUUUGGAACCUGAUAUGAAUAAUUUACCACAAGAACCAAUACCAAUACAUCAAAAGAAACAUGCAUUGAUGGCAAUUAAGGCAGUUAAACGUCUUAAAGAUGCAAAACCUUUUUUACAUCCCGUUGAUAUUAUUGUAUUAAAUAUACCAUUUUAUUAUAAUUAUGUGCCACAUCCAAUGGAUUUAUCAACAAUUGAAAAAAAAUUAAAUGUUGACGCAUAUGAAACGCCUGAAAAAAUUACUGAAGAUUUUAACUUAAUGGUUAAUAAUUCAAUACGAUUUAAUGGACCAACUGCAAUGAUUUCGCAAAUGGCAAAAAAUAUUCAAGCUGCAUUUGAAAAACAUAUGUUAAAUAUGCCAGCAAAGGAUGCACCAGUUGUUGUGAAAAAAAUUAGAAAAAAUAAAAAUGAUGAAGACCAACCAGUUGUAAUUAGAAGAGCUCAAACUCAUAAUGGUAGACCAAAAAGAGAAAUUCAUCCACCAAAAUCAAAAGAUAUUUAUCCAUAUGAAAAUAAAAGACCAAAAUCAAAAAAAUUACAAAAUGCUUUUAAAUUUUGUAGUAACAUCGUUAAAGAAUUAUCAAGUAAAAAAUAUUCAUCAUUUAAUUAUCCGUUUUUAGAACCUGUCGAUCCAGUUUCAAUGAAUAUACCAACUUAUUUUGAUUAUGUUAAAGAUCCAAUGGAUUUAGGUUCAAUUUCAACAAAAUUAAGUAAUUGGGAAUAUGAAACUAUUGAACAAUUUGAAAAUGAUGUACGUUUAGUAUUUAAAAAUUGUUAUGCUUUUAAUCCAGAUGGAACUAUUGUUAAUAUGAUGGGCCAUCGUCUUGAAGAAAUUUUUAAUAAUAGAUGGGCUGAUAGACCUGUUUAUGAAGAAUCGGAAUCGGAAUCAGAAAUAGAAGAUGAAGAUAUUGAAAAUGAACAAACUGAUAUAUCCGAUUCUGAUAUUGAUGAAACUUUAAUUACAAACCCUGCAAUUCAAUAUUUAGAAGAACAAUUAGCAAGAAUGAAAGUUGAAUUACAAUUAUUGAAAAAACAAGAAUUAGAUAAAAUUAGAAAAGAUAGGAGAUUAGCAAGAGGAACUAAAAAACCAAGAGGUUCUAAAAAAAAUUCUAAAAAGAGAAGAUCAUCAAAAUCAACAGGUGGACGUACAAAAAAGACUAAAUUACAAACCGUUGUCACCUAUGACAUGAAACGUAUCAUAUCUGAACAUAUUAAUGAUUUAUCUGCAGAAAAUUUGAAUAAAGUUAUUAAGAUUGCUAUGCCAAAGAGAAAUAGUGAUGAUGAUGAAGUCGAAUUAGAUCUGGAUACUUUGGAUAAUGAAAAAUUAUUAACUAUUUACAAUUCUUUCUUCAGACACUAUAAUGAAGCAAAUGGGGAUUCAAGAGUAAAUGGCGUAUCAGGUCAUGAUACAUCAUCAUUAUCUCCUGGUAGUGCUUUGAAUGGUAAUGGUAGAAAGAGAAGAGGUAAGGCCUUAAGUCAAGCAGAACAAUCAAAACAAAUUGAAAAGAUUAGAAACAAAUUAGCAUACUUAGAUCAUGCAUCUCCAUUGAGUCAAAAUGCAUCACCAACUGGUAUGAUGUACAAUAAAGCUCGUACUGCUUCAAUGGUUUCAUCAUCAUCUUCUUCCGAUGAGGAAGAAAGUGAAAGUGAAGAAGAGUAG